AGCCAUGUCACCUGCCGAGGUUAUUUAAAGCCAAUUCUUGGCGUGUUUGACACACGUGCUUCACAACCAGUCGAACAAAGAACGUUCUCCCAUAGCGUUUGAAACGCAGCAUCGAGUGUAGCUUUUGAAAGGGAACAGACCUUAACCCCAUUGAAAAUCUUUGCGAUGUGCUGGAGAAGAUUUUGCGCUGCAGUCCGAUACUCCCGUCAUCAAUACAAGAUCUUGGCAAAUUGCAGAAGCUUAUCGAAACAAUGAAACGGCGAAUGCGUGCCGUAAUCAAAGCUAAAGGCGGUCCAACAAAAUUUUAGAUGUGUGAUUUUUUUUGGGACAGGCAGUGUGAAAUCAACGAUAUGAAUGCCUCACAUUUCAGUAUUGUAACUGGACUUAGAUUCCCAAAAAUAUACCAUGUGGAACUCAAAAGCAUUACGAUUUUAUAUGUAUAAAAUCUGCUAGUUUUCUCCACCCAUGUUCUCCCUAGUUUGCCAACAAUACGUAGUCACCAACUGCAAUUCUGCAUUCUUGUCCUCUGGUUAGUGGUUAUUGGUUUUUGACAGGCUUCAGGAGUCAACCUGUUUCAAGUCAUCUCUUAGACCUUUCACUUAUGUAUCAUGUCAUUUGAGCUCUUUCUACAUUGUUGAACAUAACAUCCACAGGAAGUUUUGGAAUUCUUCCAUACAUUAAGUAGAAUGGGGUAUAGCCUGUAUUCUCACAUGCGAUCCAGUUGUAGGCAAAAGUUGCUCAUGAAUCAAUCAGCUCCCAAAAUUUGGCCUUUGGUCUGAAUGGAUUCUUUCUGGAAAUCCAUACACACAGCAAUUUUGCCACUUGUUUGUCGACUGUUCGCUGUUAGGAAAGGCAUGAGCCAUUCUGGUAAUAUGGUCUGUUACCACCAGGAUGUCCACAUUUCCAACUUUCUCUUGCCGGUAACAUCUUUACACACUCUAUAAAAAGCCUCCAUUUUGUUUUUCAUAUAGUGUUUUUCAAACUGUGAAUCACUUGGUGGAGCAAUUGGUUCAAUUGAUUCAAAGCUUUGAAAAGCUUUGUUUCUCCCAUCACUAUCUCAGUGUGUAGUGUGGCGGGCCGGCCAAUGGCAAAUCAGCAUCGCCACGGAAAUGGCACAAUCAAGCCGUCACACCUGCUGAUCGUCGCCAGCUGCACCCAAUCCGGCUCACCCUUUUUAAGAGGGAACUGAAGGAGAAAGGGUGAGCGUGUUCUCCACUUGUGAGUGAUAUCUCUGACCCAUGUUUGUUUUUCUCGUCUUACAGAAUCCAGCGGCUGACAAUCAGCAGACACCACCACCACAUACGACUCACUUCACACCGGAUCGGCACGACUUCAGAGCCUGCUGCACUGCAUAAAACACCGAAGGAGCCACUCCCCACAGAUCCCUCACCUGUGUUUUUCUGACUGCACUCGCUCUGAAAUAAAUCACCCUCCGGGGAAUUACACCACAACUUAUUGUUGUGCCUGUCUCCUCUCUCUACCCGCCACAUUUGGUGGAGAAUGCGGGCACCGUUUUGAGACGAAGGAACUAAGUUUUUUUUUCUUUUUUCUGUGGUUGUUUCCCGGUGUGACGUUGUGUCACCAGAACCCGCUCUCUCUCUCUCUCUCUCUCUCUCUCUCUCUCUCUCGCUCACUCGCUCCUGUCCGGUGAGGGUGACGACCGGCCGAGAUGGAAGAGGUCCUACGACGCCUGACCGAGAUUCUCGGAGAAGCUCGCCCGUCGGCAGGAGAGGAUGGAACAAGCUUUCGAGGGAGUGAGUGCGUCUGCCGCCCGAGUGCCACUUCCGGAUGUGCGCUCCACAGCUCACCACGUUCUCACGAAGCUGACGGAGUUGGACGACAUUGACGCCUACUUACCUUUGAGGUCGUUUCCCACCGAGAGGCUUGGGAUAAGAGUGAGUGGGCGAGGCUCCUGCCCCCCUUUUUAACCGGCAAGGCCCAACGAGCUUACUUCGCCCUUCAGCCACCCCACAGCGAGGACUAUGAGGUCCUAAAAGGGGAGAUCCUCACCCGGAUGGGGUUGUCGCCAGUGGGGUCGGCCCAACAGUUACAGCAAUGGCCGUAUGAUGACCGGCAGCCCAUCCGGGCCCAGGCCGCCCAACUUACUCGGAUUGCUCACCUCUGGCUACUCGCCGGCGAGCCCACAGCUGUCCAAGUGGCCGAGAGGGUCGUAAUCGAUCGUCUGUUGAGGGCUUUGCCUCGCCGCCUGAGGGGGCCAGUGAGUAUGUGGAACCCCAACACGCUGAGAGACCUGGUGGAGUCGGUAGAGCUGGCCGAUGCGGCCUUCACACGGGACGGAGGAGAGAGAGCGGUGACGCAGCCCCGGAGGGUGAACCCCAUGUGGCGACCGUGAGAAAACACCUCACGACCAGAUAACAGACCGCCGGUGGCCACCCCGAGGGACGAACCGAUGCCGAUCGAAGCUGCCUCAUCGGCGCCGCGGGCUUGGCUCACAGGCUGUGCCGUCCACCGAAAACUCCCCUCCAACGCCCCGGAGAGAGUGGUACAGGGCGAUGGACAAAUGGCGGUGGCUACGCUCGACUCGGGGAGUUCGAUCACUCUGGUGCGGACGGACGUGCUUCCGGCCCGACCCUAUGAAGAGGCGAAGCUCCCCAUAAAGUGUGUGCACGGAGACACCCGCGAAGUCGCGGGCCGCCGAGUGACGAUCUCGGCGAAACCAGGAACGUGGCAGUUCGAGGUAGGAGUGGUUCCCGACCUCCCCGUAGCCGUCCUACUGGGACGCAACUGGUCCGGCUUCAACCGCUUGAUGGCGAUGACGGUACAGCCCCACAACGGAAGAGCCCGCGAGCGUCGACGUACACCGGGGCCCCGACCUGUCUUGAUGGCCACUGAGGACGAAAGGGAGGAAUCCAGCGGCUGACAAUCAGCAGACACCACCACCAUCACAUACGCACGACUCACUUCACCCCGGAUCGGCACGACUUCAGAGCCUGCUGCACUGCAUAAAACACCAAAGGAACCACUCCCCACGGAUCCCUCACCUGUGUUUUUCUGACUGCACUCCCUUCACCCUCCGGGGAAUUAUAUGGAGCGAAAAUUGUGCCUAAACUUAACAAACAAAUCCAGCGUUUUGCAAACAAACGCAAACUUUUUUGCAAAAGAAACUAAACUCUGAAACAAACAGAAAGCGUUUUACAAAUACAUAAUGCAAUUCGAGAGAAAAUGCAAAGGUGUAACAUAUAAAUGUACUGUGUUUAAGUCUCACCUUUUUAUGAGAUUCUCUCAGCUUGAUUUUCUCACAAAUGUGACCGUGCAGAUUUUCUCACAAAUGUUAUUGUCAAGAUUUUCUCACAAAUGUGACCGUGCAGAUUUUCUCACAAAUGUGAUCGUCCAGAUUUUCUCACAAAUGUGACCGUGCAGAUUUUCUCACAAAUGUGAUCGUGCAGAUUUUCUCACAAAUGCAUGUGCAACAGCAGGUGGUGCUAUUGGGAAUUAGUUUCUAUAGGAAGAAGCCAUGAACAUUACCUUGCGUGCCACCCUUGCCAGUGCCAGAAACUGAAUUUAUUUCAUUCAUCAAGUUUCAUUCAGUUAGUCUCAUGAAAUUUAUUGAAACUGUUAAUAAUAAUCAGUUGCUGUUCUUAAUAAUAAAUAAUGAAAUAUGCAUUGGUUUUAAUAUACAAAUAACAUACAACAAACUGGAUGCAUUUGCAAUGUUGUCACCCCUUCCACCCCAUCUCAUUCUCUCGUUCUUUUUUCCCAACUGUUUACGUUCACAAAACAAACUACUUUUUCAAGGAUACUUUCUUAUAGGGGAAUUUUGACAUAAUUUUGUGUUUAUAUCAGGGCUUGCUCUAGGCAUGGGCAGGGGUGGGCUGAAUCCCCCUAAACAUCUGUCCUGCCCACCCAAUGAGAAUCAAAAAAUAACACCAAAAAUUGUUGUAUUUUCUAUUGGCUGAAAGCAACGUCACUCUUCACUUCACUGCUCUGGCUUUAGUUUGUAACAGAGAAGCAUGCUACAGGUGGAAGCAAAAUACUGUGCAUAGGAAUUUUAGAGCACUGCACAUAUGUAAAAUUAAGCAUGUCAAAUUAAUUGUGCAGUAAAAUCAGAUUCAUUUCGUCUUAUUUUGUGCUGUUAACAAAUAGCUAUUAUUUGCUUGCAAUAUAUAGGCUAGAUUUUAACCUAUUGACUUUCAGUAAUGACUGAAAGCUACAUCUUCCGAAGCUCCCGCUUCAGAAAUAAAUCUGUUUCUCUCCAUCUCAAACACCCCAAUUCACGCUGCAGGUCCCUUGCGAAAAAAAAAGAGCACUUUAAUAUACUUUUUAAAAGUGUACUUAUUACGUAAACAAUGUACUUUAAAACAGCAUACUUAAGUGUGAAUUAAUUGUAAUGUUUUCAACCAUCUAAAUACGUAUUAUCUGUAAUUUACUUCAAAUAUAUUGCAGUUUUAUUUUGUAUUAAAGGCAAUAAGCUGAACUUUUGAGUGAUUUUUUUGAACAACUUAAGUGGCACUUUAAUACAUUUUUACGUGUACUUUCAAAUUUGCUUAUAGUGUCUGUAAAAUAUGUUUAAAGUGAAUUGUUAAAUGUGUUAACAAGCAAUUAAUAUGAAAUAAAACGUUGGUUGAAAAUACACUUAAAUGUGAAUUUAAUGCAAUUUUUUAGACAAACUAAAUGCUUAUUAUUUGUGUUAAUUAUGUCAAAUAUAUUGCAGUUUAAUUUAAUAUUAAAUACAAUAACUUGGCAUUUUUUAACCACCUAAGCGGCACUUUAAUACAUCUUGAUGUGCACUUUUAACUUCAUGGUUAAGAUGUGCUUCUGAAAAUACUGAAAAAGCAAUAACAGUGACUUAAAAUGUGCAUUCAUUUAAUUUGAAUGCAAAGCAAACAAAAACUACAAUGCUUACACAGACAAGAAAAUAGACCAUGUUUGUUAGUUAAAAGUGUGUAUUCAGCACAUUUAUUGCAAUAAUGAAUAUGAACGUCUAAAUGGCCAACAAAAAAAUUCAAAUCGAUAAAGAAAAAAAGCAGAUAAACAAAGGCUUAAGUUAAAUUACAAAUUGUAUUUUAAACUUGCA